CAUGGCAUAGCACUUGUCUACUUGUAUCAUGCUAUAAAAGUAGCGGAUAGUUACAACAUAAGCAAGUUUCAUUGAUAUCAAAUCUCGAAAAAUCCGACAAAUAAUUGACAAUAUCAGAGAUCUCGUUAUCGCGAAAAAUUAUCAUUGUUUUCUGGAUUGAUUUCGCACAGGAUGACGGGUUGUUGCGUCCCCGGUUGCAACAAUUCGAAUAGAAAGGGAUUUUUGAUGAGAAACUUUCCUUCAAACCCUGAUCGGAAAAAACAGUGGAUCGCCAGUAUUGGUAGACCGAAUUGGACACCCAGUAUGCAUAGUCGAAUAUGUGAGAUACAUUUCACCAAAGACAUGUGGGAGAAAGAUCGUUGUGAUGGCAAACGCAAACUAAAAUAUAAUGCUGUACCUGUGAUUUCUUCUUCUGUGCCACACAUUGUAUCUGUGCCAGAAGAUAUUCCUGUGCCACAAGAUGUUUUUGUACCACAAGAUAUUUCUGUGUUACAAGAUAUUUCUGUGCCACAAGAUGUUUCUGUGUCGCAAGAUAUUCCUGUUUUAUCAGAAAAUUACAACAAAAACAAUGUCAUAAACAUGCUUAUUGCAAGCAUGACAAAUGAAGGAAAUGUAAAAAUAAAUUAUCAGUAUCAAUUACACUCGAACAAUAUUAAGCAAUUAAACGAUAAACAACCGGAAGAUCUUUUAAGUAUGUUUACGAACGUUAAGGAAGAAAUAGACUGGAAAAAACGAUGUCAGGAAUUGAAGCAGUUGUUGGUAAAGAGCAAAAGUAAGUGUGAGCAACUUCAAGACGCUAUGAAAAAACGCGAAGAGUUGUUUAACAAGAUAAUAAGAAAGAGUUAUCUAUACAAGAUAAGAUCAGAGAAACGUUUGAAAAAAUUGAGGCAAGAAAAUCAAAUUUACAACAAGUUAAGAGGUAGAUUAGGAGAAGUCUUCAAUGAAGAUCAGAUUAGGGUUCUCACCAAUCCAAAAAUGAAUUGCCGAGAAUGGUCCGAUGAGACAGUUAAACGAGCUAUUCAGUUAAGACGUGCAUGUGGCAGUGUUGGGUACCAACAGAUUCUAGAGCAACAUAUUCCUUUUCCCUGUGAGCGAACGCUUCGAAGAAAAAUACAUAAUGUUGAAUUAGAUAAAGACACUGAACAUAUUACAACUGAAUAUCUUACAACUGAACAUAUUACAACCGAAGAAGCAAUUAACUUAUUUGAUAACAAGGAGGAAUUAUAUUGA